CAGUUCCCGCACAUAUUCUGGGAGGAGAAGAUUUCCAUCGAACCUGACCUUGGAGACCAACGGCAAUCGACUUACAAGGCGCUGCCUUCGCCGCCAAAGACCCCGAAGAGGGUCAUGAUGAAGUACAGAUUUUCUGGCGUCUUCCCUCUGGUACUUUCGCUUGCAACUUUCAUCCUCACUCUGGUUGUGGUGCUGGCUGGGCAGAAUGCGGGCAUGUUUGAGGGGCAGUAUCUAGUCACCGUAUGUUCCAGCCUCUCUGGCAACCUCACAGAUGCCGUCAAUGAUGGCCUCGGCGAAGUGAUCAAUGGCGUGGUCAAGGGUGUUGUCGAUCAGACCGGUGUUAAAGACUUAUACUACGUUUACCUUCAGAAAGUCUGCUCUGGUAGGCUUGCUGGUGCAAACAAAGGCAUUGCAGAUGGAGUCAAAACAAAUGACUGCCAUAGCUGGGAAGAUGCAGGCGAUAGCAUAUCAGCGUUGAGCAGGAGCAUGCGCUCGUCCAUUGUCAUCGGCCAAACUCAAGUCUCUAUCCCGCUACUUGCCAAACUCGUCUCUUCUCUCGACAGCAUCCUAGAUAACCUUGGCGCACUACGCAAGGCUAUCCUUGCAUUCCUGAUCAUCACCCUGAUUGGCUCAAUUCUAUCGGCAAUCUCCAUCCUUCCAGCAAUGUGCUUUCCACAGUCAAGGCUCCUCAUCUACCUCAACAUGUUCUGGCCGGGACUCGCAACCGUGUUU